AUGUUCCGAAUAUAUGGAAAUAUAAUAUCUGACCAAGAACGGAGAGGUUUAAUAGAAGAGGUAAACGAUGAGACUCUUACUGAAAAUCUUAUUCAUUAUAUACCACAUCACGAUGUCAAGAAGGAUUCCACAACCACGCCUAUACGAAUAGUUUAUAACUGUAACUGUAAAGCAAAUUCUUACAGCGCUAGUCUCAACGAUUGUUUAGCAGAAUACCAGCCUAUGAUGAACGACCUUACUACAAUUUUGACACGGAGAAUUUUUAGAAUGGAGAAAUAUACAGUGACAGCCGAUGUAGAGAAAGCAUUUCUACACAUCUAA